GCGCAGUUGCCGCCUGCUUCUUUCCCACACACACGGCGAAUUUCCGAACAGGGCCGACGACGUCGCCAUUUUUCGAGGAUGGGCCCAAAAAGAAAGCAAAGCGCCGAGCAAAGGCGCUUGGCGGCCCGAUUGAGGAUGCGCGUGAUCAGAGCUCAACAAUCCUUCGAGCGCGCCGCCAGUCAAACGCUUACGCGGGAACUAAACUAUGCUGCUUGCGACCCGGAGCGGUUGGCGGAGCGCCAACCCGACGGGCCGCCAGGAGGGCUGGCGGCGGCGAGCGGGCCGGCCAUGGCGAGCUCCUGGCGGGACGAGGACGAGGAGUUGAAGGCGGGCGGGGCCAGGGUUCUCGGCAACCGGCCCAGGUUCUCCUUCUCCGAGAUCAAGAUGCUGCUGCAGGAAGUCCGCAGGAACAGAUACAUCCUCCUCAGGAAGUUCAAUCACGGCGUGCCGGCAGAGGCCAAGAAACAAAAGUGGGCCGAGAUCACGGAGCAGAUCAACGGUCUGGGACAGAACCACAGAGAGGUGCGUCAAAUCAUGAAGAAGUGGGCCGACCUGAAAUGUGACGGCAAGCGGCGCAUGGCUCUCCUGCGAGCUCCCGACGGCUCGGCGGGGAGGAGGAAGAGGAAGUCUCUGGACUCGGUGGAGAAGAUGGUCCACAGGAUCCUGUUGAUGAGUCCUACCGGAGCAGACGACGUCAGUGACGCCGAAGACCGAGACGAAGGCUCCAAGGCCGCGGACGCCGAGCGCUACUCCUACGCGGACGGCAACAGCGGAUCGCUCUCGCUUCCCGGAGGACUUUCCUUGGACUUCUCGCCUCUGUCGUCCCCCGACAAGGAUCUGAGCGGGGACCCCUACCGCUCGUCGGACGACGACGAACCUUCCAUGGACUGCGAAGACAACGCCGCCUUCUCCGUCCAUUCGUCUUUGGGUCCACCCAGGCUGGUCCACACGUACUCCCGACACAGCCGCAACGCCGUCAGCACCACCUCCAAAGACUGCGACGGCGACUCUCCUCCCGCAUCGCCGUUGCCACCCUCGAGCGCCGCCGUCACCUCCUCGUGCUCGCCCUCGCUCGGCCCUCUUGCCGGCGACGCGUCCCUGCCGGCGACCUCCUCCAACGCCCGGCCCCGCCCCAAGCCCUCUCCAGCAGAGGAGGAGCAGGCGCUGCCGUCGCCGCCGUCGGGCCCGCUGCCGCCGUCGGGCCGUCCGCCGGCGCCGGGCUUGGCGGAGCUGGCCUGCCACAGCGUGCAGCAGCAGCGUGCCAGUCGGCAGCUGCUGGCGUCGGUGUCGCGCUCGCUGGAGACGCUGGCGCAGUCGCUGCAGCUGCUGGUGGAGAGCCAACAGAAGUUUGUCAGCGAGUCGCUGGCGCUGCAGAGGGAGACGCUGGGCGUGCUCAAGACCUUCUCGGGCGCCGCGCUGGCCGUGCUGAGGGACGGCAGGGCGCAAGGCCCCGCCCUCAGGCUGGACAAGAUGGACGACGGGGCUUUGGAUCGCUCCACGUGAGCUACGGCGGCGAGUGGCCCGAGCCGGGUGGAAACCCAACAGAGGCCAUCUGAUUGGCUGACGCAAAAUCAAAGGCAGAGAGCUUUGGGGAUUUGCUGAAAAAAGAAUUUCAGCGCAGUCCGUUCCAGCGGGGACGCCUGCCUUCCUUCCUUCCUUCCUUCCUUCCUUCCUUCCUUCCUUCCUUCCUUCCUUCCUUCCUUCCUUCCUUCCUUCCUUCCUUCCUUCCUUCCUUCCUUCCCUCCUUCCCUCCUUCCAGAUAAGAUGAAACUGAAGCUUCUCGUCCAGGGGAAACAAAUCCUCAGAAAAAGACUGGGAUGCCGAGUGAGCUGCGCUCCACGGGUUGCUGGACUGCCGUCACCAAAGAUACAUUUUCCUCAAAGCCCAAC